AUGUCAUGGAUCGCGCGGCCGUGGCUCGCGCUCUACCACCCGUCGUACCGCAACCUGCUCGCCCAGCGGCUCGCGGAGCGCGCCGCCGAUGGCGACGACGCGGCCGCCACGCCGCUGCCUUUUGAGCUGUGGCUGCACAUCGCGGAGCUCAGCGACUUCACCGCGGUGUGCCGCCUUGCCACCAUCUGCCGCGUGCUUUGGCCGCUCGGGCGGCACCCGUCCGUCUGGGAGCGGCGCUGCCGCGAGGCGUUUUGUCUUGCUGGCCACGCGCCGUGCGACCGAGUGAUCCGCGACUAUGCCUGGUCGUGGCAGCGCAUGUUCCUGCUCCGGCCGCGGCUCCGGUUCGACGGCGUCUACAUGUCGGCGCACACAAAGCUGCUGGCCGGCCUCAACGAGGGCCGCGGGAUGAAGGAGAAGGACGUCGACUUCUACGCGCGCUGCGGCAAGUGGGUCACCUACUACCGCCUCUGGCGCUUCUACGAUGACGGUACCGUGCUCGCCCUCACGACGUCGCAGUCGCCGCUGGAGGUGCGGCCGGCCAUGGCGGCCGCACACCCGUCCAAGCCGCAGACGCUGCGCCAGCGCGGCCUCAAGGGCGGAUGUUGGGGCACGUACCUCGCCACCGAGGUGCGUAUUGAGCGGUGA